UAAAAUAUUUCAAAUUAAUUUGACUUGAUCUGACCUUUGCAUUCUGUGUGAAUAAUUUCCUCUAUUUCCUGUAUUUACAGUCAACAAUGUCUUCUACAGCCCGUUUCGGCAGGAAAGUGCCUUUCUACAUCCUUUUUGUUACUUGUGGACUGAUACAUUUGCUGCUGUUUUUAAAGACCAUUGGCAAUCAUCAAUCAACAGUCUGUCCAGCUUAUGUUGGAAAGGUACCUACUGUGAAAGAGACACAUAUUUCAUCAGUGAUUCAAAAGUCAGAGAAACCCAUUCUUUUGAUCUGGUUGUGGCCACAGCAUGUGAAGCUUUUUGAAAAAGACUGCAUGACCUAUUUCAACAUAGACAGCUGUGUUCUCACAUAUGAUCGGUCCCUGUACAAUGUUGCAGAUGGAGUCUUAUUUUUUCACAAGAGCAUUGCAUGGGAUCUCAGUAAUCUUCCUAAGGAUCCACGGCCAGCAUUCCAAAAGUGGGUUUGGUUCAACAUUGAAUCUCCAACCAACACAGCCAGAAAAGCUGGACUGGAAAACUUGUUCAACCUCACUUUGACCUACAGACGAGACUUGGACAUCAGUGCUCGCCAUGAAUUGAGCAUUGUGAAAAGUCCGGAACAAUUUGUGUGUCCCCAGAAAAACAAAAUUGUUUGCUGGAUUGCAAGUAAUAGCAUACGUAUCAGUGGCACAACAGUCCGACUGAACUAUUACAACGAACUAAGGAAACAUAUCGAUGUGAAUGUGUAUGGUCGAGCUGUCUCAGGAGCAAGUUCUCUAAGCGAUGAAGACUAUUAUUCUACUAUUGCUAGCUGCAAAUUUUACCUGGCCUUUGAGAACUCCAUGCAUAUAGACUACAUCACAGAAAAGUUGAAUGGACCAAUGGUCGCUGGGACUGUGCCAAUAGUUUUAGGCCCUUCCAGGGAGAACUAUGAACAGUUUAUUCCUGCAGACUCAUUCAUCCAUGUUGAUGACUUUUCUGAUCCAAAAGCAUUGGCUGAAUACCUGCUUCAGUUGACUCAGAACAAAGACAUGUAUAUGCGUUACUUUGCAUGGAGGCAAUACUUCAAAGCUACACCUCAUCUUCUACCUCCCUGGCCUAAACAGCCUAUUUGUGCUGCCUGUGACCAUAUUGCUAAGGAUAACACCUUUAAUGUGGUCCACGAUCUUUUCUGGUGGUUCCAUAAAAAUGUUAAGGGGAACCAGUUGAAGUAGAUGUUAAGGUCUAUUACAGUGUUUUACGAUUGAAUAAACACUAAAAUCAAAAGUUUUACAC